AUGGGUACAAACGGAGGGCGUGCAAAUGUUUUCGGCGUUAUUGUUGCGGGAAGAUUGGUCAGCGAUGCGGAUUCAAUCAAUCAUGUGGUUGUUUUUCUCACCGGUGUAACACCUUUUCCUGAGGGCACUGGUGGUUCAGUUUAUAUUCGAUGGCCUCAGAGUGAUGCUAGUGGCAUGAAUUGGCAUUAUCUUGGGUUUAUUUGCAAUGAGAAACCAAGUGCUAUAUUUCGUGUAUCACAGUUACAUAAAGUGAACGCACUCCAUGAAGGUGUAUUCACCAACCUCGGAUCAACAUCAAAUGUCACCACUCAUGGGAGCGCGCAACUCGGUAUUCAAGUCGAACCGUUGACUUCUAUUAGCGACAAGGUCCCGGCUGCCGGAACUGCGCCUAGCCAGCAGGCGACCUUUGUAGAAUACGCUCAAAAGAUGCUUCAGAAUUUUAUCAAUCAUGUUGAGUCAUUCGUGGUUCGUUUGCCGAGACCGGAUAAUGCACUCGAACGCGCUGACUAUGUUCCCGCGUCAGCCGUUCAAUAUUGGUUUGAAAAUUUUCGUCGUCGGCUCGCUCAAAAUCCGGACUUUUGGAGAAAUUUAUCAUAG